AUGAGCAGUCACGAGGAAAUGGAUGCAGUCUCGUCCGGUGUGAGCGUCCCACCCGACACCAAAUUUGAUCUAACGAAUCGUCUGGCGCCUUUCAUGGAUCUUCACUUUAUGUUCCCACUUAUUGACUUUCUAUCCAGUAGCGAGCUGUAUGACGAAGCAAAUCUCAUGGCGGCCAAACUAGCAUUACUAAAGCCCACUAAUAUGGCGGAUUUUGCCGUGGAGAUUUAUGAGACGCUGCAUGGAACAGACAACGUGCCGCAGGAGUUUGAGACGCGUCGAAGUGAGAUUUUGGAUGCGCUGAGCUUUGCUAAGAGCGAGUGUGGCCCCAUGCUGAGCCUCAUUGAGGAUGAGGAAAAGAUCAUGCAACUGCAGAGUGAGAAUCUGCUUAAUGCUAACCACCUCGAGCAGAACGAGGGCAUUACACCUGCUGUGCUUGAUGGUCUAUACAAGUACGCCAAGCUGCAAUACGAGUGUGGCAAUUACCAGGACUGCCUUACGUACCUCACAUACUACGGGGUGCUCAUCCCCAAUUCAUCAGAGCAAUACUUGAACGCACUGUGGGGCAAGCUCGCCGCUGAGAUCCUCAUCUUCCGCUGGGAGGACGCACUGGCUGACAUCUCCCGCAUCAGCGACGUCAUUGAGAGCAGCACCAUUAUGAGCCCAGUUGAGCAGCUCCAGCAGCGCACGUGGCUGCUGCACUGGUCGCUAUUUGUAUUUGCGUGGCACGAAGAGGGUCGCGACGCAAUUGUCGACUUCAUGCUGCAGUCGCGCUGCGUUGAGGCCAUCCAGAGCAACGCACCUUGGCUCCUGCGCUAUCUCUGCGCUGGCGUUAUUUUGCACAAGCGUCGCCGCAAUCUCAUUAAGGACCUGCUUCGUGUGCUACGCGUCGACGACAAGGGCUACUGUGACCCGAUAGUGGACUUUGUUGAGUGUCUUUUCAUUAACUUCGACUUCGAGUCCGCCCGGGAGAAGCUGCGCGAGUGCGAGGUCGUGCUGGCUAGCGACUUUUUCCUUUACGAGAAGAACUCGACAGAUUUCAUGGAGGCCGCACGCCUGGCCAUCUUUGAAAUGUACUGCCGUGUGCACUGCACCAUUGACAUGAAGGUGCUGUCGUCCAAGUUGGCAAUGCAGGAGGACGGCGAGGCUGAGAAGUGGAUUGUGAAUCUGAUCCGUAAUGCUCGCCUUGACGCUAAGAUCGACUCCCAAGAAGGACUUAUCGUUAUGGGAACGCCGCAGAACUCGGUCCAUCGUCAGAUUAUCGACAAGACUCGAGAUCUCGCGGCACGGACUUGUAGCAUGGUGGCACAGUUUGAGCGCAUGGGUAAGCGAAAGACCUUGCAGUGA